AUGAUUUAAUCAUUGCCAUCUCGUAAUAAAUAAUUGAUAGAGUCUCCAUUUGUAUGGUUAAAGGAAAAAGCAGAGAGAGACAGAUAAAGAACAGGGUAUAUAUUGCAUUAAUAUUUAGAGUACCUUCUAAAUUAUGGUAUAUCAAAGGUAAGAUCUAUGAUUUAUCCCAAUUUCUUUAACUCCAUCCAGGAGGAGAUUACUUUUUAUCAUUGACAUAAGGAUAAGAUAUAACAGAAAUGUAUUAUAGCCAUCAUUUAAACAUGGAUAAAUGCAAUGCAAUUUUACAAAAAUAUUAUGUUAGAGAUGCAGACAAGAUUGAUUAAUAUUUUGAUUAUGAUGAAAAAGGAUUCUAUCUUACAUUACAUAAAAAAGUGAGUGAUUAUUUCAAAACAAGAGAUAAGGGACCAACAUUAAUGAUGAAACUAGUUGUUUUUAUAGCUCUGUUUUCAUUCAUUAUUACAUUCUUAUUAACUUGUACAUUAUAAAGUUAUCUAUGGGCACUUAUAUGUGGAUAUACACUUUAUGUGUGUUUUGGAUUAGGACAUAAUUUUCUACAUUAAGGUUCUUUUGAGCCUAGAAGAUACUUAGCUGAUUUAUCAUUCUUCUCCCAUUUCCAUUGGGCAAUUACACAUUGUAUUUCUCAUCAUCAUUUUACUAACAGUAAUAUUGAUUUAGAAAUCACUUCCUUUGAACCCUAUUAUAAAACCCAGAAAUCUAAACUUCCUAAUAAUAAAUACUUACGUUACUAUAUGGAUGUAUUUUUUGCUUUAGUAAGUACGAUUCAAUUUUUGUCUACCUUAUAACAAGUGCUAAAAGGAGAAGAGAGAAUAAGGAAAGAAUACUUUAUUCCAAUUUUUGAAUAUUUAAUAUUAUACUAUUUUUGUGGGGAUGCUUUGGAAGGAUUUAAACUUUUUAUGGUUAUUUAAUCCACAUCAAGUUACUUAACCCUCAAAUAUUCAAUAAUUACUCAUCAUAAUAAUAUAUGUUAUACAGAUGGAUGUUCUAUUGUCCCCUCUAGAGAUUUUGGAAUCUAUACUUUAUAAACAAGUUAAGAUCAUGAUCCAUAAGUUAUUUUCCCUUUUAACAUGUUUCUUUUUUAAGGGUUUAAUUAACAUACAUUACAUCAUAUGUUUCCUACUGUAGAUGAAUCAAGAAUUCCAGAAAUUCAACACUUUCUUUUGGAAACUAUACAAGAUUUCAAAUUAUAGCAUAUAUAUAAACAACGCACAGUUGGUGAAUUAUACAAGGCUCACAAUGCUUUUGUUUUUGGAAAAUGA